AUGCUCUGGUCUGCCCUUCACCACCUCUUCACCACCUCUUCCUUCCUCUUUCUUCCGCUCACCCUUUGCUCAUGUCGCCUUCCGCUGAUCCUUACUCCCCAACCCAUAGCACGGCUGCACGCUCUUACUGCUGCUUCCUCUCACAUCCUCCUCACCGGCGCCGCCACUGCUGCCGUUAUCCUGCUGUCCAACUUGCUUCAAUCUCAUUCACACGGCCGGCGUAUUUGCUUCAAAGAAAUUCCCUGCUCCUCCCCACUCCUCAUCCCCUCCACCCACUCCUCUCUCCUUUCUUCCUGCCCCAUGCCCUCUCCUUUCGUCCCUCCCCUCUCCUUUGAUCCCUCCCCUCUCCCGUUCGACCCUCCCCUCUCCCGUUCAACCCUCCCCUCUCCCGUUCGACCCUCCCCUCCAGCCCGCCUUCCUGCGCAUUGCCUUCGGAGCGUGCUUUGCCUUCUUCCUCCUCUUGGAAGCCAUGAGAGUAAGUCGCCUUGA